UUUUAACGAUCUAUGAUACUAGUAGACAAGAGUAUCAACCUAAGGGCAGUGUUUGCCUCAAAUUCACCUGUUCCAAAGGAAUUCAUUACAAACCUCACACAACCACUAAAACAUUUAUCUUAAUCAAGGAAUUACCGAGCUAAAGAGAUAAAAUUGUCUUUCCAAAAUGUUGUUUUUCCGUGAGGAUACAAACGAAGCCAUCUGGUUGGUAAAUUUUGUGUAUAGUCAUUCCCAAUGUGAAAACCACUGAUUAAAGCGCGCGGUAUAUAGACAACCAGCCAAUCACAACACGGCAAUAGGUAUGAGUGACUUUUGUAGCAGGCUGUAGGUGGUCUAGAUGAAAGAUAAAGGCGGUCAGAGCUAAUUGUCUUAAUCACCUUGUCUAUAAAGGGUCUCUUCAAAGAAACUUGCUUUCUGGAGGGCAGACGGAGCGCAGGUCGACUUAUCUUUUGACACAUCGAGUUGUUGAAGAACAUCAGGAGUGAAGUUUGAAGUCAAUCAAUGCAUGACUUCUGAGCACGCCUAUUGAAUGAUUUGAAGUACACUGUAUACAGGUAUCAAUUCCAUUUUUUGGUCAUCUAUCUUUAGUACACUGCUAAAUCGACUAAUAUGUCUGAAUUAGAAGAAACAACAAUUCACGCAGUCAAUGAAAAUGAUGAACAAGACAAACUUCUGCAAAAAGAGGCAGCGACAACUCAUGAUUCGGCGGACAAAUCAGCAGUUGGUCCACUGGAAUCUUUCUCGGUAAAGAAAGARGACAAAUGUGAYGACGAUUCUGAUGUUAAGCCAUCACAUUCCUACAUAGCACUUAUUGCAAUGGCAAUCCUAAGUUGCUCCAACAAGAAGAUGAUUUUGGGCGAUAUCUACCAGUACAUUUCAGAUAACUACCCGUACUAUCGUAACAAAGACAAAAGUUGGCGYAACAGUAUUAGACAUAACCUAUCUCUUAACGAGUGCUUUAUUAAAGCGGGAAGAAGCGAGAAUGGGAAGGGAAACUACUGGGCCAUCCACCCCGCCAACUUGGAAGACUUCUCAAAUGGAGACUUCAGAAGAAGACGUGCUAGGAGRAGAGUUCGGAAAAGCAACGCUUUAAAGUUUGCGGGAGGAAUGUCGACUGGYAUGCCAUAUUUGAGAAGCUACAUGCCUUUUCAUGGUUAUUCGAGUCUAAUGUCGGCUUACAAGGGUGAAGAUUAUAGUCGUAGCAUUGGGACAUACUCUACUGGUAGCCUAAUGUCUCCUGUAUCUUACAAACAGUAUUCUCCUUACAACCAAAUGUACACACUGCAUAAUGCGGCAGGCUCGACCUUGUCUCCCUUAGUAUCAACCCCUAAACCCUUUACUGCUGGUCCAUAUUCGUCGUCUUUGUCAGCUUUAGCCUCGUUAUCGUACGGCCAAAGGGAAAAUGACAGUUGGCAAGAGACGUUGUGCAAAUUACAAGAAAAACUGCAAAAACAUUCCGAGUCUUGAAGUUGCAUUGGCUGCAAGGCAGUUGAUAAAGUGUGUCGAGUACAAGCUUCCGUUUUUAUCGAACAGGGCAUGCAGUUGCGAAGAAACCUGAAUCGUUCUUAAAGCAUUUUAUGACUAAAGAAAAUACAAACGAGAUAGCUUAGACAACACCAGUACACUUUCUUUUUUAGUAUCACAUUAAUGAAUUGUAGUACUAUUCUGUUUGUAGAAGUCAAACUUUUACAUAAAAACUCAGCUGCCAACAGGCGCGGUUUGAAUUAAACUAUAAACAUCGUAAAACCUAGAAAACGAUCAACAACAUGUAAAAAAUCAGACAAAAUAAUUAUUUUUCCAGCUAUGACAUGAUAAUCUAAUGUUUCAAGAAUCCAAGAUGGCCGACGUUCUGAUAAUUGGUAGCGUGCUGUUGUUUAUGAAUGUACGAUAUUUCAAACGGUUAUUGCACUGACUAAGAUGACCAAAGUCAUCUUUGAUAAGCGGUCACCUCCAAAGCCCUUCAUUAUGCCGUAUUUGUGAACUAAUAGUCUUAAUAUCGUAUACUAGUCCCAACUGACCAAACAUGCUAAAGUUGUCCUGUAUCAAGCGGCCAAUCUGACCACAAGCGCUGUCAAGAUGGGCUUCCCUUGAUUAGGUUGAAAACUCCUGCUAUGAAAGUUGUCAACUGGAAGACUCUACAACCGGAGACAUGAUCUUGAUUAGCACUUACUGAAUCGAGAAAAUAAGGAACUAAGUCUUGGAAAAGUUCUAUAACGGACAAGUGAAGAAAUGUUUAACCUUUUAAAGUCGCAAAAAGAUAUGAUGCACUUUUGGGUGGUUUUGAAUCAUGACCAACCAAAUCUAUUCUAAAUUUCUUUAUUGAAUUUGUAUAAGCUCAUUUCAAAGCAUUUUUAUUCCGAAAAAUUGCCUUGAAACAUCAUGCACAUGUAAUUAGUACUGUAGUUUUGUGUAACCUGGCGAAGAAAGUUUAGCUUUUUUGUCUGAAAGUAUUUUGAAGUAAUUCACAAGUGGAAACUUUGAAAUUGAGAUCUUCAUCGACAGCAUAUUUUUGACUGAUCUCAAAAGUCGACUGACUAAUGAAUGCAGUUAGGAAAAACCUAGAAAAAUAAAAACCAUUGUAUAAUAAUACUAUUGGGUUUGUGUGCAAGACAGUCUUAUCUUAAGUUUUAUUAAAAUGAAAACAUACUGGAGGGGCACUUUGCAAUACAGGAUUCAAUGGUAAACAAGAAAGUAGCCAAUACAUUUAUGUUAGCAAACUGAUAUGGAGUGAAAUGAUUAACCACGAUGACAAAUAGAGAACAAACUUAAGUUUGUGGUCUUUAUCGCCAAGAAGCAUAUUAAUAUUGAAUCAAGAGGUCGGUGAUUAAGACAUUGAACAAUGUACACUACGAAAUACGCCUUACAAACAACUUCUACAGCACACUCCAAAAACCGUCGUCGCUUCACUCAACUUCAUCCUUUCUCUGUACAAAUAAAAGUAGUCCUUAACUGGAACGUCUUGGCUUAACAACAACGAUAUUUUUUGAGAAUAUUUUCCGUAAAAGACCACACUUUUUUCAUUCAUAAAUGUUUGAUAGCCAAACUUUUCAAUUUAGGGGAUGUUAUCAAGUAAACGCUGGUUUUAAUCGAAUGUUUUCGUUCAACUAAUUUAGAUUUUUGUCAAUAAUAUACUAGUUAAAUAAGACCGGUAAUUUACUGGGAUCAAUACGGUUGGUUGUGUCAAAGUCGGUUAAAGAUGGCGCUUAAGACAUGAAUUUUGUUAUGAUACAUUUCCAUACACUACUGCUACGUUAAUGAGAUCAAGAAAAAAUCGACAUCAAAAGCCACUCCUCGAAAAAAAAUGUACAAACGGCAAUAGCUGACAAUCAGAUAAAGUACAUUAUAACGCAAAAAUUAAAACUAAAAAUAACAUCUGAAACAAACAAAAAAGCAAAACGAAUUAACAAACCAAACAAUAUUAAAUGGUCUUCUCUCCUAAUGACGUAGGACGAUGUUCGUGAGCGAGAAGCACUACUUUUAAAGUACUCAAAUUCUUAGAAACUGUUGUCAUUUGCUUUCCUUUAUUUCUGUUUUUGUGAAAAAAAGCUAGCCAUUAGGUUAGUAUUCUCUCA